AUGCAAUAUAGACGACAUCGACUGGGCAAGGCCUGCCCCCAGAACUCUGGCAUUCGCUUCUGUGGGAGAAUGGUCACCAUCAUGACCAUGUCCAUGGUGGCAGAUGAGAUAGAAGCAUUGACAGCAAUAUAUGAAGAUGAUUGGUGUGUAGUUGAUGAGGCCAACCGGAUUUAUUGCAUCGCUAUCACCCAUCAUAAUGAACAAGAUAAAACCAAAGAUCUGAAGAUUUGUUUGCAGAUUUGCCUGCCUCCUGAAUACCCCAAUGCAGCACCCCCGGUCUAUCAAAUCAAUGCACCGUGGCUGAAAGAUGCUGAGAGACAAACAGUGGUUACAACUCUGGAGCAAGUCUGCAGUGAAAACUCUGGUGAAUGUGUGCUUUACUUGCUCUUUGAACAACUCCGAGAAUACCUUUUGGAUAGAGCGCAGAAGGCGGAGCAGGUUGAUGUAAACAGCUCUUCCCAUCACGACAGCUCGUCGCUCUCAUCGGAUUUGCACUCCAGGCUUGCCUUCCCGUCAGCCACUGACUGCGAGAUACCUGCCAUCAAGCAUGGGGAGCCAAUCACAGACCGACGCAGUACAUUCCAAGCCCACUUGGCUGCACCAAUCAGCACCGCGCAACAGGUCACUCAGGUACGCCGGAUGUUGUUAGAAAAUAGGAAGAUAGCCAACGCAACCCACAAUAUCCUGGCCUACAGGAUAUACUGUGAAGAUCGCGGUACCUUCCUUCAAGACUGCGAUAAUGAUGGGGAAGCUGCCGCUGGUCCAAGGUUGCUACAUCUGCUUGAGAUCUUAGAUGUGCAGAAUGUGAUGGUAGUUGUAAGUCGGUGGUAUGGCGGUAUAAUGUUGGGUCCAGAUCGCUUCAAACACAUCAACAACGCUGCCCGAAACAUCCUGGAUGAGCAUGGGUAUAUACAAAAGAAUGAGGGAAGAUCCAAGAAGAAGGGAAAGCAGAAAAGCAGAUGAUCACCUGGAGAGUCAGCUGAUGUGUAAAUUCAGCGGUAGACCAGCACCACGAUGAAUGGGUAAGAUGACUCAAGAUGACUCGGAGUACUCGAAUGCGCACACAGAGAUGCUUACAUGUAUGUGGUGGAACCGCGGACGCUUCUGAGAAUCAUUUUCCUUACAGCGUGCCCCUCCAUGCUGCUGCACAAACGUUGGCUUCUGGUGCCAAUCCGUUUGUAUUUUUCCCAUUCUCAGUCAGGAAUUGCUCCUGUUUGGAGUCUGUGCAGGAAAUCUGUGUGAUCUUUGUUACAUGCCGAGAUAAUCCCUUGAGAACACACACACUUACCUUACAUACCUACUGUGGACAUUCCUUUCUUUUCAUGCAGUUUAGAAAACUCAGUGAAAAUACUCA